AUUGGUCUGGUGAUUUGUAUGUUGUAGUAAGCAAUUGUAAACAAGUGUAUGAGCUUAUACUUUUCUUCUCUCUCCUUUUUUUGGUGUGAAUUCAAGGUUAGUUUAUUUAAAAUCUAGUUCUAGUAAUUUCUGGUUAUGUCUGGUUUGCUUUUUCUAUUUUUCUUGAAAGUCUGUUUGGUUGCUAGGAAAUGAUGGAAAAGAAAGAAAAUAAGACUUUAGAAAUUUUUCAUUGAUAAUUUUGAGUUGAGAAGGAUGAUUUGUUUUUUGAUUUGGCCUAAGAAUUGUGUUGGAUUGGGUUGUGCUAUUUUCUUAAGCUUUUGGUAACUAAUAUUAUAUGAAUCAUAACGUUAAAUUUGUUUUUUGUUUUUUAUUGUUCAUUGUUUCCUGCAACUAGAUAGAGGGUCAAGUUAAACUAUUGCUCAAGUAUUUGCUUUGGGUGAUCAUUACAGUAAAAAGUUUCUGGGUAUGGAAAUUAUCUCAUACAAUUGCCCGCUGAGCUGUCAUGUUGUAAACUUGAGGUGGAAAUUUGUCGAGAGAAGUUCGAGUUCAUGCCAGUCAAAGCUUACAUCAUUUAGGAAACACAAUACUUUGUGUACUAGGAUUUAUUUCAGAAGUGGGUUUCCCAGAUAUUCUGAUAGUAACCAGUCAUUCUUAAAGAAUCUUGCUCAUGGGAAAGGUUCUCAUUCAUUAAAAGCUGUUGAAGGGUUUAAAAAGGUCUUUUCAAAGGUAUCGAGUGGGAACUAUGAUGGAUAUGUAAUUGGUGGGGAAGAGGGUGCUGGAAAUAUUUCGAAAGAUGGGGCACUGAUACCCAAGGUUUUAAUUCCAGGCUUGCCAGAUGAAUCCAAUGGUGAAUGUGCUGCACCUAUAAGUAGUUGCUUCUGGGAGUGGAAACCUAAAUUUACUGUGCAUUAUGAGAAGGCAGGGUGUGAAAAUGUAAAUUCCCCACCUGUGCUGUUUCUUCCUGGCUUUGGGGUUGGUUCUUUUCAUUAUGAGAAGCAACUGAAAGAUUUGGGCAGGGACUAUAGAGUAUGGGCAAUUGACUUUCUUGGGCAAGGCAUGUCAUUGCCAUUUGAAGAUCCUACUGCACGGUCUAACAAAGGAGGUACAACAGAAAGGAAGGAUAAAGUGUGGGGAUUUGGAGAUGACGUUGAACCAUGGGCGAGUCAGCUUGUUUUUUCUAUGGAUUUAUGGCAGGAUCAGGUUCGUUAUUUCAUAGAAGAGGUCAUUCGUGAACCAGUAUAUAUUGUGGGGAACUCACUUGGAGGAUUUGUUGCAGUUUACUUUGCUGCAUGCAACCCUCAACUAGUGAAGGGUGUUACAUUGCUUAAUGCAACACCCUUUUGGGGAUUUUUACCCAAUCCUGUUAAGUCUCCCAGACUAGCAAAGAUAUUUCCAUGGUCUGGAACAUUUCCUCUUCCUGCAAGUGUGCGGAAGCUCACAGAAUUGAUUUGGCAGAAAAUUAGUGAUCCGGGAAGUAUUGCCGAGGUACUUAAACAGGUUUAUGUAGAUCAUUCUACUAAUGCAGACAAAGUUUUCUCUCGUAUUCUUGAGACAACCCAACAUCCUGCAGCUGCUGCAUCAUUUGCGUCAAUUAUGUUUGCUCCACAGGGACAAUUAUCCUUCAGGGAGGCUUUAUCUAGGUGUCAGAUGAAUGAUGUUCCAAUCUGUCUCAUGUAUGGAAAAGAAGACCCCUGGGUUAAGCCUAUCUGGGGCCUUCAGGUGAAAAGGCAGCUGCCUGAAGCUCCAUACUAUGAGCUCAGUCCAGCUGGUCACUGCCCUCACGAUGAAGUUCCUGAGGUUGUGAACUAUUUGCUGCGUGGGUGGAUAAAAAACCUGGAGUCCGAGGGUUCAGUGGUGUUACCUCUGCUUGACGACAUAGACAGAAUUCAGUAUAGCAUUGCCAAGGACUUGGAAUUUGUUAGAGAAGGAUCAAAAAAAUCAGUAAGAGUACAAUUCCAUGGAUCCAGUUUCUCACUCUGGAACCGGAUUGGCUCCUUUAUUACAUCUCGCUUUCAGAAAUUAGAGACUAAACCUUGAUCACUGACACAGAGCUUACUUUUAGUUCUCCAGAAGUGAUGUAAAUUCUUAAAUGUAACAUAUUUGUUUGAUGUAUCAUAGAAAAGAUAUCAGAUUAAUUAAAUGAUUCAUAGUAUUAAAUUAUCUGAAA